AUGAAUAAUCAAGAAAAUGCCACAGCUUGGUCUGGAUUCAUUCUGGUAGGAUUUGCAGAGGUUCACAAAUUCCAUCCUUUAAUCUUUGCAGUGUUGCUAUGUCUCUACAUAAUUGCCUUAAUAACAAAUAUGCUGAUUAUCCUGAUUGUAAAAUCUGAUCCUAUCUUUAAUUCUCCUAUGUACUUCUUUCUUAUGAACUUGGCCUGCUUGGAAGCCUGUUACAUGACUGUUAUCAUCCCCAAACUAUUGGAGAACUUAUUGGUGAAGCCUACAGUUAUUUCCUUUGUAGGGUGUGCUAUGCAGAUGUUUUUCUUCCUGUUUUUUGGAGUUGCUGAAUGCUUUCUCCUGGCAUCAAUGGCAAUUGAUCGGUAUAUUGCCAUAUGUCAUCCUCUGCGCUAUUCCAUUAUAAUGAAUAGGAAUGUAUGUUUGAAGAUGGUGACUAGUCCGUAUAUAUGUGGGGCUGUAGUUGGACUUGUCCAUACUACCAUCACAUUUUCUCGGCCAUUUUGUGGAACGGUCAUCAAUCACUUUUUCUGUGAAAUACAGCCAUUGUUGGAGCUACUAUGUGGAGAUACUUUUCUAAAUGAAGUCCAAGUAAUUGGAAUUGCUAUGUUAGCUAUCAUGGUACCAUUCCUGCUGAUUCUCCUAUCUUAUUCUGGAAUUAUAUUCAGUAUUGUUGGGAUGCUAUCCAUGGAGAGCAAAUGUAAAGCCUUCUCUACAUGUUCCUCACAUUUAAUAGUUGUCAUUCUGUUCUAUGGCACAGCAUGUUCCACGUACUUAAAACCAAAAUCUAACUACUCUCCAGCACUGAAUAAUAUUUUAUCAUUUUCUUAUACUAUAGCAACCCCACUAUUAAAUCCAGUCAUCUAUAGUAUAAGAAACAAAGAAAUCAAAGGAGCCCUGAGCAAGCUGUGGAGCAAGAGGAUUUUGUUGUGA